AUGGGCGGCGAACAGCGCUUCUACUUCAACCGCGAGCGCCGCUCCUGCGACAGCUUCACCUACCGCGGCUGCGACAGCGGCGACAACAUGUUCACCAGCCGGGAAUCUUGUCUCUCCGUCUGCGCGCCCGGGAGCGCGUCGGUGAGUGCAGAGGAGGCAGAGGGGGAGGGUGAAAGAGAGGACGAAAGACCGCAGUUCUGUCGAGUCCAACCGGAGGAUAUUGCAGGAUGUCGCCCUGGCAGCCGGGAGACCAAGUUCUACUUCAGCGCCACGGCCGGCAGAUGCCGCUCAUUCGAAUCGGUCGGCUGCGAGCGAGGCAGAAACGUGUUCCUGACGCGAAGGGAAUGUGAACAAGCUUGCGGCGACCGCGAUGCCGGUGGUGAAGUUGAAAACCAGCCCCGGCUCUGUCGUGUUGAGCCCGAAGAGGACCCCAACUGCCGCCCUGGUCGCCGCGAGACCAAGUACUACUUCAGCACUGCCGUCGGCAGAUGUCGCUCAUUUGUGUCCGUUGGCUGCGAGCGUGGGAGAAACGUGUUCCUCACCGCUCGGGAAUGCGAGGAGGUGUGCGAGAACCGAGACACAGAUAAUGGUGGCGGCGGUAUCCCGCAGUUUUGCCGCGCAGAACCCGAAGAUGAUCCGAACUGCCUGCCUGGUGACCGCCAGACCAAGUAUUACUUCAGCGCUGCCGUCGGUAGAUGUCGCUCUUUCGUAUCGGUCGACUGCGAGCGGGGCAGAAACGUGUUCUUGACGCGGCGGGAGUGCGAGCAGGCAUGCAGUGGCCGUGACGAAGGUGGUGGUGAGAGGCCCCAGUUCUGCCGUGCCGAGCCCGAAGCCAUCUCCAACUGCCGGCCUGGUGGUCGUGAAACCAAGUACUACUUCAGCGCCGCUGACGGGAGAUGUCGCUCCUUCGCGUCGUUCGGAUGCGAACGAGGCAGGAAUAUGUUCUUCACAAUGCGGGAGUGUAGGGAGGCUUGCGAUGCCAGCAACACGGAAGGUGCUGGGAUGUGCUCGUUGCCGUCUGACCCGGGCCCGUGCACCGCCUUCGAGACGCGCUGGUACCGAGACCCGGCUUCGGGCACCUGCGAGACCUUCCAGUAUGGCGGCUGCGAGGGCAACAGCAACAACUUUCUGACGCGAGCGGAAUGUUUAGAGCGCUGUCAGAACGACAACCGGGCCGAGAACGAGAUCUGCAACCAACAGCGCUGCCUGGAGGCGCCCGAGCAGAAGCCGGCCGACACGUCCAGCUGCGGCCGCCAGCAGAAGCGAUACACGUGA